CGGCUUGUAGAAUGUCAGUCGGUCACACAAGCUAGCCAGUUAGUAAGCUAGACAAUUUGUACCAAUAUUCUGACCAUUUCCCUCAACGGUGUAACCUUACAGGAGAAGCAGACACCAUGGCCACAGCACAAUCGGCAGUGAUGUUUGCAGUAUGCAUCUUAAUGAUAACAGAGCUUAUCCUGGCCAGAAAAGACUACUAUGACAUUCUUGGUGUGCCUAAAGAUGCUACUGAACGCCAGAUAAAAAAGGCAUUUCACAGGUUGGCUAUGAAGCUCCACCCUGACAAGAAUAAAAGCCCUGAUGCUGAAACAAAGUUCAGGGAAAUCGCUGAGGCCUAUGAAACGCUGUCUGAUGAGAAGAGGAGGCAGGAGUAUGACCAGAUGGGGCACAGUGCUUUCUUCAGGGAAGCUACAGGAGGGGGGCAAAACUUCCAUCGCACAUUUGACUUUGACGACAUGUUCCGGGACUUUGACCUGUAUGCCCAAAACCGGCAUGCCCACCACAGGCGGCACUUUGAGGACCACCUGCGCGCCCACCAGCAGGCGCAGGGCCAAGGGCGCCACAAGCGCCACUUCCAGGGAGGCUUCGGGGCCGGCCUCUUUGAUGACAUGUUCGAUGACAUGGAGAAGAUGUUCACCUUUGACAGACAGUCCAAGCGGACUGAGAGCCAGUUCCAGGGCUCAACCAAACAACAGUGUAGGACAGUGACGCAACGCCGAGGAAAUAUGGUGACCACAUACACAGACUGCAGUGGGUCCUGAUGGAAUGGGAGCAAACACCUGCUUUCCUGGAGUUAAACUCUUUGUGGGGGAGGUCUUUGGAGGUUCUUUAGCUUUGCUGCUGUGAAAGAGAGUGAACUUAAUAGUUCUUUGUAGUAGAAGUAUAAGCUGCCUAACAAGGUUGGAGGAGAACUUGGUCAUGGUGCAUUUAUGGUAGUCAUGUUUUUGUCUGGAACUUAGCUGGACAGAUAAUGUAGGGUUCUGCAAGUUCUUUCGACCCUUUAUACAGGGGACUGCACAGAUGGUCAGUGAAAAGAACAUUUGUUUACAAUGUGUCUCAAAAUAUAGGGACAGUAUGAGAUGGCACUCCUGUUUGUCCUGUAUCACCUGUUUGUCAAGAGAGAGAGUUCCAGACCUAAGCACACUUCACUGACAACACUGGUCUGGCGUCUCGGUAAACCAGUCACAACCUAGUGAACCUCAAUUUUGACCCAACCUAGCUGAAUCUUACAAUAGUAUUGUUCCUUCUGUAGCUCAGAAGGAAAUCUUGGAAAUCUCAAAUUAGACCAAAACUUUAGUGUCACCUACAUGGUGUUGUGAAAUGAAUGUCUUGCCAGCUAUUUAUACAUUAUUUUCAAUUUCCAAAAUAAUUGAACUGACUUUUUUUAUAUAAUUUACUGACCGACGUUUGAGUUGUUCCAGGAUCACAUGCACAUAUUUUACGAAGUGGAGCAGUUAUAUUUCAUUUGUUAUAUAUGUUAU